ACGACACCAACUCCUCUCUCUUUCUCUCUCUUUUAUAAUCCGUCAACUUGGGUUUCCGCUGCAGUGGUAACAGUCGUUGAAGCCAUUGUUGCAGAAAAGAAAUGGAGGCCGGAAGAGUCGGGAGGAUAAAGUUGGGUUCUCAGGGACUGGAGGUGUCCGCACAAGGCCUCGGCUGCAUGAGCAUGUCCGGCGGCUAUGGCCCUCCCAAGCCCGAAGAAGACAUGAUCGCUCUCAUCCACCAUGCCAUCCACUCCGGCGUCACCUUCUUUGAUACCUCCGACCUCUACGGCCCCUUCACCAACGAAAUCCUUCUCGGAAAGGCUUUAAAGGGAGGGGUGAGAGAGAGGGUGGAAUUGGCAACCAAGUUCGGAUUUUGCUUUGUGGAUAGGAAGAUGGAGAUCCGUGGCGAUCCAGCGUAUGUGAGAGCCGCCUGUGAGGCCAGCUUGAAGCGCCUCCACAUGGAUUGCAUCGAUCUGUAUUACCAGCACCGCAUCGACACCCGCCUUCCCAUCGAAGUCACGGUUCGUUCUUUGCAUCUUCCGUAAACUACCCUCAAUCAACUUGGUUGGGGGCGUUGAGCCAUAUCUUUGACAAGUAUCCCAUGGAUGAAUUAUGCAAUUCUUUUAUUCUGUAUGAU